AUGUCGUUCUGCACUGACCACAAUAAGAGCCUCUGUGAGUAUGCUUUUGGACUUCGGUAUUCAGUCAAAUCGGAUUGUCUCGAUAUAUACUUGUUUGGAGCAAUUGAUCCAGAAACAAUGGCUGCGUAUAUUAUCCACAACAACGAAUUCCAUAACGGUUGGACAUAUGAGCAACUUGGUCAUCUUCUCAGAAUCAUGGACUCCAGGACAAAGAUAUUUGGUCAUGUUUACAACUGGCGACAUAUAAUCAAGAUGACCGAGAGGAAGGUGGAUGAGUAUAAUGCUCGGAAACAACAAGCGAGAUUGGCACUGGAAGAACAGAAAGAGACUAAAGAAUGCCCAUCUCCUCCUGUCUAUGGGCAAGAUGAUGUCGUGGAGAUCACUCCUUCCCUUCCUGAUCCUGUUCCACCAACCACGAGAAAAUCUGCAUUUGUGGCUUAUCAGUCAUCUUCCACCUCUAUAACUUCAGCAGGAACCCAAUCCCGUAAGCGCCAGGGCCAAAUUUCCAACUCAACCGCCCAUGUCCCACCGAAGCGUCAUCUACAAUUCGAUGGAACACUCGAAUUAGAUUGA